CUUUGAAGCUACUGCGCAUGUGAUAGGACAGGUACAUGGCAAGCACGGACUCCAUCUUUUGCAUCCUUAAGUAGAGCAGUACAGGGGGUUACAAAUAACGUUGCCCACUGGGACACAUGCAAUACAGUAUAUAGCUAAUGUUUCCCUAGGUUAAGUGUUUACAUUUUCCAAUAUGAGGGCUAUGGAGAUUGCCCUCGUCCUUGUCCUUGUACUUGUCUUGUCUGUGAUGGAGGCAUCUGCCAAAGUAAAAUCAUCCAAGAAAGGGAGGAAGGUUGUCUGCCCUUCACAGUUAUCAGCAGAAGAUCUUGCACGAGUCCCAGAGAAUACAACAAGUAACAUCCUGAACAGGCUACUGGUCACUUACGAUCCCAGAAUUCGGCCGAAUUUUAAAGGUAUUCCAGUGGAAGCCAAAGUGAACAUCUUCAUAAACAGCUUCGGCUCGAUCCAAGAAACCACCAUGGAUUACAGAGUUAACAUUUUCCUGAGGCAGAGGUGGAACGACCCCAGGCUGAGGUUGCCCACGGACUUCAAAUCUGACUCCCUCACCGUGGACCCCAAGAUGUUCAAUUGCCUCUGGAAGCCUGACCUCUUCUUCGCCAACGAGAAAAACGCAAACUUCCACGAUGUCACGCAAGAGAACAUCCUGCUCUUCAUCUUUCGCAAUGGUGACGUGCUCAUUAGCAUGAGGUUGUCUAUCACUCUGUCCUGCCCACUGGACCUGACCUUGUUUCCCAUGGACACCCAGAAGUGCCACAUGCAGCUGGAAAGCUUCGGCUACACAACGGAUGACCUGCGGUUCAUGUGGCAGUCCAGCGACCCGGUGCAGAUGGAUGAGAUCGCUCUGCCUCAGUUCGACAUCAAGCAAGAGGACAUCGAAUACGGGAACUGCACCAAGUUUUACAAAGGCACUGGUUACUACACCUGUGUGGAGGUGAUCUUCACACUGCGGAGGCAGGUGGGGUUCUACAUGAUGGGCGUGUACGCCCCCACCCUCCUGAUUGUGGUGCUGUCCUGGCUGUCCUUCUGGAUCAACCCAGAUGCCAGUGCAGCCAGAGUCCCCCUGGGAAUUCUGUCGGUGCUGUCGCUGUCUUCCGAGUGCACUUCCCUGGCCUCCGAGCUCCCCAAGGUGUCGUACGUGAAGGCCAUCGAUAUCUGGAUGAUCGCCUGCCUGCUGUACGGCUUCGGGUCCCUGGUGGAGUACGCGGUGGUGCAGGUGAUGCUCAACAGCCCCAAGAGGAUCGAGGCCGAAAAGGCUAAGUUGGCACAGAAAAAAGAGGCGGAGGGGAAGACCCCAUCCAAAAACAACACCAUCAAUGGGACGGGGGGCACGCCCAUUCACGUCAGCACGCUGCAGGUUGUAGAAACCAGGUGCAAAAAGGUGUGCACUUCCAAGUCAGACCUGCGAUCCAACGACUUCAGCAUCGUCGGGUCGCUGCCCAGGGAUUUCGAACUGUCUAAUUUUGACUGCUACGGGAAGCCCAUUGAGGUCAGCAAUGCCCUGGGCAAGUCCCAGGCCAAGAACAACAAGAAGCCGCCCCCACCCAAACCUGUCAUUCCCUCUGCAGCCAAGAGAGUCGACCUUUAUGCACGAGCCUUGUUUCCCUUUACUUUCCUUUUCUUCAAUGUCAUUUAUUGGUCUGUGUACCUGUGAAUACCCCAUCACAAGAGCCUUCCCUCUAAGAUGCAUAUCAUUUUUUGUUAAUACUUUGCUGUUUACUUAUUUUUAUUUUUUGAUAUUUUGAUCUUUGCACUAGAAAGAAAAAGGUACUGCAUUGUAGGCAUCGUGCAAUCGACGUGGAGAAAAUAGGCUAACAUUUGCAAAAUAAUCAUCUGCCAUUUGCACUAAUAACAACAGCAUGAUAUGCAAGAGAAUGAUGUGCUGAACUGUAUGUGUGUGUGCCCAUCCAAAAUUGGUGUGUAAACCUGUACUGCCAAAAGCUUUGCUUCCAGGAAUACGGAGUGACAGACUGCUUGCUGAUGAAGUACUUGUGUCGAAGGAAACUGUAAUGAUGCAAUAUUGUCAGCAUUCAAUCAAAUUAUAACACGUUGCAUGUUUAAAUGUUUGAAUUAGUAUAUGCACAGUCCAUAAAUGUAUCAUAUAUAUGUAUAAAGUAUAUAUAUACGAUGGAGAAUACAUCAUAUGAAGAAUGAUUGUAUUCUUGAGAGCUCUUUUUAGAAACAAAAUAAUGUGUUUAUUUUUCUGAUUGAUGAUGUUGGCAUCUUAUCCCGAAAAGGGCAUUGAGAGAGAGUAUAACAGAGCAAUAUGAAAGCAGAGCAAUACUUUAAAUCAUAAUUUAAAGGAACUGAGCUGCUUGUCAGCAAAAUAUACAAGCUAAUAAAAGACAAAUGUGAACACUGGAA